ACAGUGCGCCGGCAGACGUAACUCCCACGCUUCCAAACGAAUAUACCGCUCAAAUAGCUAUAAUAUAUACAUUGAGUAUAUCCAUAUCUACUCAAAGCACCCUCUGGAUGUCCUAUAAUUUCAAGGAUAGUACCUUCGUUUGUUUACGUUUUGCACCUCUGCUUGUAGUUACUAGCUGAAGAGAAUCAAUCGUAAAGAUCUCCAAAAAUGGCGAAAGACAGUCCCAGAAUCGCUAAAGACGUGACUGAGUUAAUCGGUAAUACGCCACUGGUUUAUCUUAACAAUGUUGUGGAAGGAUGCGUCGCAAAAAUUGCUGCAAAGCUCGAAAUCAUGGAGCCAUGCUGCAGUGUGAAGGACAGGAUCGGUUAUAGUAUGAUUAGCGAUGCAGAGGAAAAAGGAUUGAUUACUCCCGGACAGAGUGUUCUGGUAGAGCCUACAAGUGGCAAUACAGGAAUAGGGCUGGCCUUUAUAGCUGCUGCAAAGGGAUAUAAGCUUAUCAUCACAAUGCCAUCUUCUAUGAGUAUAGAGCGGAGGAUCUUACUGCGAGCUUUUGGAGCUGAAUUGGUCCUCACAGAUCCUUCUAGGGGUAUGAAAGGUGCUGUCCAGAAAGCAGAAGAUAUAGUGGAAAAAACUCCCAAUGCAUAUAUGCUUCAACAGUUUGAGAAUCCUGCUAACCCAAAGAUUCACUAUGAGACAACUGGACCUGAGAUUUGGCGAGACUCUGCAGGCCAGGUAGAUGCUCUUGUUUCUGGUAUUGGAACUGGAGGUACAGUUACUGGUGCAGGUUGUUAUCUGAGGGAAAAGAAACCUGAUGUUAAGAUCUAUGGUGUGGAGCCCACUGAGAGUGCUAUUUUGUCCGGAGGCAAGCCUGGCCCUCAUAAAAUUCAAGGAAUUGGUGCUGGAUUUGUCCCUGGUAUUCUGGAUGUCAACAUUCUGGAUGAGGUUAUUCAGGUUUCAAGUGAUGAAGCUGUAGAAAUGGCCAAGACACUUGCGAUGAAGGAAGGAUUGCUGGUGGGAAUAUCAUCAGGAGCUGCAACUGCAGCUGCAAUUAAAAUUGCGAAGAGGCCGGAAAAUGCUGGGAAGCUUAUUGUUGUGGUGCUCCCAAGUUUUGGUGAGCGGUAUCUUUCUUCUGUGCUCUUCCAAUCAAUCAAGGCAGAAGCUGAAAAUAUGGUUUUUGAACCAUGAAGCUCAAAAUUGUUUUAACUUGGUCAAGUUUGUUGAAGCAUUUCAUUUUCAUUUCUCAAUUUCAUGAAAAUGACGAGUGGAGAACUAGAAAAGUAGUGCUUAGUUGACAUUGAUGUAUUUUAGAUUUUUGCAUUAGUGCUUAGUUGACAUUGAUGUAUUUUAGAUUUUUGCUUUUGUAGACAUGUAGAUAAGAGUGAACUUCUGAGCAUUUGUAUGAGUACACUACAUAUAGAAUUAGUAUGAUACGUGUGCAAGUACAUGAAAAUGCAAUAAAAGCCAGUGAGUAAAUUUUCGUUUU